CUAUGGUUGGAGACAACAUGGGAAUCCGGGGUGCUGUAGGCUUAGGCUUCUCUUUUUGUUUUACCUCUAGAAGAAAUCAGAUUAAUCUUUUUAUUCUCCUGUGGAUGGUCUUCUACUUUAGUUUCAGGUUUGUUUAUUUGAUGUGAAAACAAACAUACAUCCUGAACAGGUGUAAAUUGAGGUAGAGUUUUGGUCCUUUUCGACAAGCAAACACAUGCAUUCAGAAGCAUUCCAAACAGCAUUCUUUCUAAACUCCCGAGCUUCGCUUCUUAUGAAGGAAUGCUAAACAGGAUCUCAAUUCUCAACCUUCUCCUGCAAGGCUAUUGCUACUUUCAGAGACUUUGUUUAUUGCUUACGUUUCCUAAAAGAAAGAAUGGGUCCCGCUUGAUAGGAAAGAAUCUCGUACUUGAUUACGUGCAUUGAGUCGAAGUUUCACUUUUACCCUUUAACUGUUUCUUUGCUUUUUUUCCUUUCUUUUUUCCAAAACAACCUAUCGUCAGCUUCUGAUGAUGCAACCGAAACAAAGGUAAACAAAGUAGAAAUGAAUGAGUUGAAAAAGAAAACAAACUGAAAAAAAAAAGGUUUCCUGAAUAAAUGAAUUAUGCUACAUGUAACUACACGUAUCUUGAAUCAUAAUAGUCAUGAUUCACUUCACCCGGCAUCACAUUCGUUCCAUUCCCUUAACAAACCUACUAACUAACCCACCGUUCCUAUCUCUAUCCUACCUACCCGAUCAUGGUUCUAUGAGCCUAUGUGGGGGCACUGAUAUUCAGUUUUCUUUCUUUCGUAUACUAUCGAUUUGAAUUUUACUUAUAUUUGUUUUUUGUUUAAAUCUUUUUGGUUAUUUUUACUUAGUUCGCGUCGUCUUCUCAGCCUUCCUUAUGAAUUGCUUUCCUUCCUUCCCAUAAAAUCCAUAAAACAUGAUUGGCUGACAUAACAACAAGAUCCGCUUGUUGUUCCAAUAAAAUGCCAUAAAAAGCUUGCAAGUACCUUAUUGAGUGUUACGUAAGUCUCUUAUUCGUUCUUCUCUUAUCGGUAACCCAUUCGUUCUACUACUUACCCUUCGUGAUAUGUUUAUAUACUCAUAAACAUUAUAUGCGGGCCAACCAACCUCUAUAUACGUAUAUCUAUAUAGAGAUGUAUAAUACGUAUAUAUAGUACAGGGUAUGAUGUGAACCGCUUCCUACAUUUUACCCUCCCCCAUCAUUUUUCAGCUUUUUGAAAAGUUAGGUAAAAGAGACUCUGAAAGAGUAUACUAUAAAUGCUCUAAUUGUGACUCUCUUUUUCUUUUAGUUUUGUAAUCCAACGCAUUUUCUAUUCUUGCUGUUGUUUAUUCUUUCGAUUCUGUACGAAACACUAUUGGUUUUCCGUAUAGGUAUCUAACACCAACCCACCCAUCUCAUCUCGUACUUUUUAGAAAAGAAACUUAAAAACAAAUCCAAAAUGCCUUUGUCUACCAGCAACUUGCGUUGCCUUUCCAAAUUGUUUGUUUCCCUUCAAACUGGCCAGCCCGCUGGUUUUACUCUCGCGAAACCCGCAGCUCAUUUGGUCUGGAGACGCUUUGCCAGUACACAGAUAAAAACACCUCCUUUCCCCGAAUCCAUCAGCGAAGGAACUCUUGCUCAAUGGUUAAAGCAACCUGGCGAAUAUGUUAAUAAGGAUGAAGAGCUUGCAAGUGUCGAGACUGACAAAAUCGAUUCUCCUGUUACUGCUCCCCAAUCCGGUGUCUUAAAAGAACACCUUGUCUCUGAGGGUGAUACCAUCACCAUCGAUCAAAAUAUCGCUGUCCUCGACGAUAGCGCUGAACCCCCCAAAGGUGGUGGUGCUGCUGCUCCUCCCAAACCUGAUAAAGGUGGUGCUUCUGAAAAGACUGGUGCUUCUGAACUCGGAAAUAGUGUGGAAUCUGCUUCCUCUCCUACAAAGGCCGCUCCUGAUGCCAAGGAACCCGAACCCAAACCCAAACAACCUGCUCCUCAACGUGAAGCCCCUCCCAAGCCUGUCUCGAAGCCAUCUCCCCCUAAGCCUGAAUUCUCAGCUAGCACUGCCACCUUUUCCAGAAAUGAAGAACAAGUAAAAAUGAACCGCAUGCGUCUUCGUAUCGCCGAACGUCUCAAGGAAUCUCAAACCCGUGCUGCUUCUCUUACUACGUUCAAUGAAUGCGACAUGUCUGCUGUUAUAAACUUCCGUAAGAAUCACAAAGAUGAAGUCUUAAAGUCUACUGGUGUCAAACUCGGUUUUAUGAGCUUUUUCUCCAAGGCCUGCACUCAAGCUAUGAAACAAGUCCCUGCUAUCAAUGGCUCCAUUCAAGGUCCCGGUAACGGUGACACCCUCGUUUACCGUGACUUCUGUGAUCUCAGUGUUGCCGUUGCUACUCCUAAGGGUUUGGUUACUCCCGUAGUCCGUAACGCCGAAAGUAUGUCUCUUCUUGCUCUCGAAAGUGCCAUUGCCAAUCUUGGUGCUAAGGCUCGUGAUGGUAAAUUGGCUAUUGAGGACAUGGCUAGCGGUACCUUUACUAUCUCUAAUGGUGGUGUCUUUGGUUCCCUUUAUGGUACUCCUAUCAUCAACCUCCCUCAAACUGCUGUUUUGGGUUUGCAUGCAAUUAAAGAACGUCCCGUUGUUGUUAAUGGUCAAGUGGUCCCUCGCCCCAUGAUGUACUUGGCAUUGACUUAUGAUCAUCGUAUGGUUGAUGGUCGUGAAGCUGUUACCUUCCUCCGUUUGGUUAAGGAAUACAUUGAAGAUCCUACCAAAAUGCUUUUAGUGUAAUGAAUUUCAUUAAUUUUCUGUAUGAAAUGAAUGUUUUUUUUAUAGAAACAGUUUAAGGAUUUCUCAUUUUCCAGGUUAGUCCAAAUUGAUUCUAUUUACAAUGUCACUGUUAUUGUCAGUAUCAGUAGCCGAUUGAAUAAUUAAAUAUUUACUUACAGAAUAUUAGAUUCACGAUGGUCCUUUACCUCGUCUCCGUGUCCUGAAACAAUUUUUAAAACCAUUUCCUAAAACAGGUAAAUUAGUCUUCACAGUUGUACAUUGCUCAUCUUGCAUACGUUAAGUUCCGGAUGCCCUAGGAUAUCAACAUGCUCAGCUGAACGAGGUCCUCCUCGUAGGUCAAAUGCCGCAGGAUCAUGACGAAGCUCGUAAUUGACGACGCUUAUAUUUGCAGGAUUAAAUCUUUCUGUACGCCAAGCUUUAUUACAAACAAAACCAAGAGCCAUCAAUGGUAAAGUUCCAUCACCGUCAUCCAUAACAAUUCCCUAUAAUCUGUUAGUGGGUGUAUAGAAAAAUAUCUCUACAUACACUUUCAAUUUUGGUACCAUCAUUUACAGAGGAGUCUAUCACUGGAUGUCCCUCGUCGUUUUGGGAAUAAAAGUAUCCACGCUCAGUUGGUUUUCCUACCCCGUGAAAACAAAAAAUUUUCAUAUCUGGAGCAUAUGGAAGACUUGUCUGUAAUCAUUUAGUAAAUAAUCAGGCUUCCUUUAGCCAUACCUCAAGUGGAUUAAUCCAUUUGGCUGGAAUUUUGUUAUUGCGUUCCACUUCCUCUUUAGUCCAAGCUAGACCAUGUGAAUAAUUUGUUCUAAGCAUAUUUCUAAAGUCUUCACUUGUAACAUUGUUUAAGAACUGGAAUGCUUGUUCCGAAUCAAAUCGUGAAUGAGGAUCGGCAGCAUCUUUUCUGUAAUGUAUCAUAACACCGUUAGAUAAAUCUUCGGAAUCAUCCUCGUCGGCAGCCUUUGAAAGUUAAUAACCAAGUAAUAAUUAUUGGAUAUACCCAGCUUGUAUUCCCCCAAAUGAUAUUCCCGCCUUUCGGAAGCAUUGAACUGACGCCGCCCAUGGUUCGAACCAUCAUAGCUCUCUGUAUAGAGUUAAAUAUAGCUUUCAUAAAAUCUCCUUUACCUCAGA